AUGGCUGCUGUGUCUACCAAUAUUUCUCAUUGCCGCAUCUUUGUGGUUCUCAUUGUGGCUGCCCACGUCUUUUGUUGUGGGGCGACAGAUAAAGCCAAGGAUGUUUACAUUGUGUAUAUGGGUCCAUUGCUAGAGGGUGAAUACUCAACUGCGUCUCUCCAUCUUAGCGUUCUUCAAGAAGUUCUUGGAAAAAGUUCUGCCACUCGCUCUCUGGUUAGAAGCUACGCUAGGAGUUUCAAUGCAUUUGCAGCCACACUCGGUGAUGAAGAGCUAAAAAUUAUUGCGAGCAGAAAGGAAGUGCUAUCAGUGUUUCCAAGUAGAACUCUCAAACUUCAAACAACAAGAUCGUGGGAUUUUAUGGGUUUAACCCAAGCUGCAAAACGAAAUCCUACUGUUGAGAGUGAUGUAAUAGUAGGCGUUAUUGAUAGCGGAAUCUGGCCUGAAUCGGAGAGUUUCAACGAUACAGGAUAUGGUCCACCUCCUACGAAAUGGAAGGGUACUUGUGCUGGCGGUUUGAACUUUACUUGCAACAAUAAGCUCAUUGGAGCCCGAGUCUAUAAUCGUACUUCUGCAAGGGACGUGGAAGGUCAUGGUACCCACACUGCCUCAAUAGCAGCUGGUGCCAAAGUACGAGGUGCGAGUUUUUUCGGUUUGGCGAAGGGCAAAGCAAGAGGAGGUGUUCCGUCAGCAAGGAUUGCUGUAUACAAAGCCUGUGAUUCAGAUGGGUGUCGAGACCAUGACAUCCUUGCUGCUUUUGAUGAUGCUAUUGCAGAUGGGGUUGAUCUCAUUACCGUUUCAAUCAGUGGAUACCCAAUAGAUUUUGAAAAGGAUUCUGUUUCUAUUGGUUCUUUUCAUGCGAUGGAGAAAGGUAUACUCACCGUUCAGUCUGCCGGAAAUAAUGGACCCAGUUCAUCAACAACAGGUAGUCUUGCCCCAUGGUUGCUGUCUGCAGCGGCCAGCAACACAGAUCAUGAUUUCGUUGCUAAGGUUGUUCUUGGGAAUGGAAUGACAUUCAUUGGAAAUGGAAUAAAUUCGUUUACACAGAUGAAUGGAACAACAUUCCCUCUGAUACAUGGAGGAGAUGCUUCCAGUACUUCGUGCAGAUCUAGAGAUCCUGAAUUAGCUCGGUUUUGCGCUGAGAAUUGUUUGAACAGCAGCCUGGUAAAAGGAAAGAUUGUGGUGUGUGAUGGGUCAGAAGGGUGGGGAGAAGCUUUCAGAGCUGGCGCCCUCGGGUCAAUCGUGUUAGAAGGAUUUACAACAGAUCAAGAUUUCAUUGUUGUACUUCCCUUACCUACAUCUGCCUUAGAGGGUUCACAAUAUCUUGUAGUUAGGUCCUAUGUGAAUUCUACCAAAAACCCGCGAGGAAACAUAUUAAAAAGUCAAAUUAUGAAAAACUCAGUCGCUCCAGUAGUUGCUUCCUUCUCUUCACGUGGGCCAAAUCCCAUUGCACCAGACAUUUUGAAGCCUGAUGUAACGGCCCCAGGAGUACACAUAUUGGCAGCUUACUCCCCUGUUAGUCCACCUUCUCAUGAUCCUAAGGACAAGAGGUCUGCCAUGUACAAUAUAAUGUCUGGAUCAUCCAUGUCUUGUCCACAUGUAGCUGGUGCAGCUGCUUAUGUGAAAACCUUUCAUUCCGAUUGGUCUCCAUCAGCUAUCAAAUCUGCACUAAUGACCACGGCAUGGCCAAUGAAUGCCAAGAAAAAAGAAGUAUCUUUUUCUGAUGUAUAUGGAGAAGGAGAAUUUGCUUUUGGGGCAGGCCAUAUCAAUCCUGUAAAAGCAACAGAUCCUGGUCUAGUGUAUGAAACGUUUAUAGAGGACUACAUAAAAAUGCUCUGCAGUAUGCAAGUUAGAUUCUUCGGAACUUGUCCAAGGGAAAGUAAAGGAUCUCAGAAGGAUCUCAAUUACCCAUCAAUGCAAGUUCGCGUUGAAACAGGGAAAAGUUUCACAGUUGAAUUCCCCAGAACAGUAACAAAUGUAGGCAUUGCAAACUCUACUUUCGUAUCAAAAGCCAUAACCGAUUCUCAAAUCAAUGUAAGUGUGAAACCAAGCAUUCUCUCCUUCAAGUCGUUGAAAGAGAAGAAGUCUUUUGUUGUGACUGUGUCUGGGAAAGCUUUACCAGCACGUAUACGGGUAUCUGCAUCGCUUGUGUGGUCUGAUAGAACUCACAAUGUGCGAAGUACGAUUGUUGUGUACACACCUAACUCGUAG